CAAAAAAAAGUUGACAAACGACAACCCGAAGACUCGACAACGCUUUGUCAACGAGACUCGUUAUUAUAUCAUUGAACUAUUGGUUCUUAGAUAUUCUUUCUUUUUUUUAAUAUCGAUUUUUAUCUUUCAUACUAAAACCCAACAAUCAUAACAUUCCCGGUCACUAAGCGGGGUUGCGAAUUGCAGGUUGCGUUCUAUUUGCGCCGACCAACAUCAUACCCUGAUCGUUCGAUUGAAAUUUGUUGGAGCCUCUACACAACCAGAUAUCUCAACGAGGAGUUCGUAUACGAUUGAAGCAUGGCUCCUCCUAAGGGGGGCUAUGCACCCGACUUGGACAAGUUCCUAGACGCGUUGAAGAGUCGACCAGUUGAUCAUUCCGUCGAUUUUCUCAUUUCCCUUCUUAAGCGACGACAGAUCCGAGGGUCUGAGCCAUGCGCCAUUGCUACCGCCCACGUCCUCCUCCAAGUUGUUGCCAGGGACAGAUGGAACGACGUCGACCAACUCAUCGGGCGCAUUCAACUGGUCGGUAGGAAACUUGUGUCAGCGCAACCUCACGAGCUAGUGAUUGGAAACGUUGUGAAGAGAGCGUUGGGCUUGAUACGCGAUGAAGCAGAAGAAGAUAGAAAUGAGACCGGUAGCGACUCGCAGCCAGAUAUCACUCCUUCCUUACCCCCUGCGAUCACACCCGCUCCGGUUGAAAGACAAUUCCGGCCCCUUUCACUAGCUACCCUUGGGUCGUUUGCUCGUACGCAGUCCAUGUUCAACCUACUAUCCGAUCCCGACUUCAUUCCCUCGCCUUCCUCCACACCCAAGCUAGGGUCAAACGCCUCGACACCUUUACGGCAUGCACAAUCUACAAACAUACACGCACUUCGGUCAGAAGUGAUAGAUGGAAUCGAAGAAAUGAUGGAUGAGAUCAGACAAGUUGAUGAACAAGUUCAAGCUUAUGCUGAGAUCACCAUUCACCCAGGAGAUUAUGUAUUAGUCUACCAACCAUCGAGGACAGUUCAGAAAUUCCUCACACGGGCUGCGUCGAAGAGGAAAUUUACGCUCUUUCUUGUCGUCGACCCAUCCACAGCCAGCAAUACCGAAGACCCAUAUGCAUCAUUACGGAAAUCUUUGUCAUCUGGAGGAUCGACCGUGAUUAGCAUCAUGAAUAUUGGUCUUGCGGCCUAUAUGUCGAAAGUCAAUAAAGUCAUUCUCGGAGCCCGAGCGAUUACUAGAAAGGGAGGGGUCAUCGUCGACUCCGGUGCUGCAGCUAUCGCCCAUGCUGCACGAGAACAAGGCAGACCAGUCAUUGUUUUAGGCGGAGUCUAUAAGCUUAGUCCCGACCAUCGAGCACAUCACGAAAGUUUGGUCGAAUGGGGUAACCCUUCCAAAUAUGUAAACUUCGCAGACGGCGCAAUGGUCGGGCAGGUGAGUGUUAGGAAUACCGUUGCAGAAUUCGUUCCUACGGACCUUAUUAACACGUAUAUCACAAACUUGGGCGCCCACUCUAAAGAUCACCUGCACGGGAUCAUUGGCGACCAUUACAACGACGAAGAUAUCGGCUUCGAUCUCUUCGGGAAAAUCCAAAGAUGAGGCUCAUAGCGUCAUGUCUAAUUGUGAUCAUCUAGCGCCGAUCCCAUCCGGCGAUAAUCUAGACAAUCUAACAACCUAGCGGGUAGAAGUCUCAGCCCAAUAUGUCGGAUGGGUGUAUACCUAGGUUGCCUCACUGCCUCGGCAUAUCUGCAUGUCUAACAAAGAUGCUGUGGUGGUGUGCAAGUCCAUUCGAAUUAUUCCGGCAGUUUGACUCAUUUCUAUUGCUGCCUCAUUGAGGCGGUAGGCCGCGUCACUGAGAAGGGUAGCUUGGCAUGCAAGUGCAGGGGUUUUUCAACAGGCAAACACAGAAGAACGACAGAGAGCAGUUACUAGAACGUGGGGUUUUUGGUGGGCUGACUUAGAGAAGCUUGGUGCUCCUCCAUCGCCCGGGAUCGAGCGAAUCUCGUUUAAGGGAUGGCCUGCUUGGUUUAUCGAGGGCUGAACAGCUCAGCCUCCAAUGAAACUGUUUCCUGCCCCAACGCUUCGUGCUGAUGGGAUUGAAUAGCUCGGGUCGUAGAUAAAAAGAAAAUAAAAAAUACUUUGUAAUCCGAAG